GCGGCGAUAGGCGGGCCGGUUGCUAGGACUUGGUGAAGCGGAGCGCUCGGGCCGGUGUCCCUCAGAGCUAAAUGGAUGUUUAGACUCCUCACACCAAGAGUUAGUAGGAUAUGAGCAAGAUUGUGACUGGUGAUGUGCAGACCCUGGGCUGGAGCUCUCUGAAUGAGCCUCCAAAUUCAGCAUGCUCAGCCUCAUAGAGCCUCCAGGAACUGACUCCUCUAGCUCACCCAGGCCUACCAAAGCUCAUGGACAGUGCUCUACUCCAAUCUCUGUUUCCACAGUCAGAGCCUUAUUGAGGAUGGAACCUGCCCUGGGCCUCACAGAACUGCAUGGCCAUGAGAAGACUGACAACCUGGAGCCAGAGCCAGUGCCCUGGCAAGCCCUCCCAGUCCUGUCUGAGCAGCAGUCCAGGGAUGUGGAGCUGGUGCUGGCCUAUGCUGCACCUGUUCUUGACAAACGCCAGACCUCACGCCUCCUCAAGGAGAUAUCAGCUGUCUACCCACUACCAGCACAGCCGCACCUCAAGCGGGUGCGGCCCAGCCGGGAUGCCAGUGGCUCCCAUGCCCUGGAGAUGUUGCUGUGCCUGGCAGGGCCAGCUGCGGGCACAUGCUCACUGGCCGAGCUCCUCCCCAAGCCGGCUGUGGACCCUCGGGGCCUGGGGCCACCCUUCCUGGUACCUGUGCCUGCCCGGCCACCCUUGACUAGGGAACAAUUUGAGGAAGCUAGGAGCCACUGGCCCACAUCCUUCCAUGAGGACAAGCAAGUGACCAGUGCCCUGGCUGGACAGCUCUUCUCAGCACAGGAGCGGGCUGCAAUGCAGAGGCACAUGGAGCAGGCCAUACGGGCAGCGCAGCAGGCAUUGGCUCGGGGCCUGCAAGCUGUGGGUGCUGUUGUGGUGGACCCAGCCACAGGCAGAGUACUAGCCACAGGCCACGACUGUAGCCAGGUGGCCAGCCCCCUGCUGCAUGCUGUCAUGGUGUGCAUCGAUCUCGUGGCCCAGGGCCAGGGCCGUGGCACCUAUGACUUCAAGCCCUACCCAGCCUGCUCCUUCACUCCUGCAACUGCCACUCUUAAGGGCCCCCAAGCAGGCCGUGUACGCAAGCUGGAUGAGGACAAGGAAGAGGAUGGCCUUCCCUAUGUGUGCACUGGCUAUGAUCUCUAUGUCACCCGGGAGCCCUGCGCCAUGUGUGCCAUGGCCCUCGUGCAUUCCCGCAUCCAGCGGGUCUUUUAUGGGGCACCUUCACCUGACGGUGCCUUGGGCACUCGCUUCCGCAUCCAUGCCCAACCCGACCUCAACCACCGCUUCCAGGUAUUCCGAGGUGUCCUUGAAGAUCAAUGCAGCAGGCUGGACCCUGACACAUAGGCUUAGUGCCCAUCCGCUUCCACAACUUGCUCUACUGCUGGCCAGUCUCAGCAUCUGAGAUUCCAGAGGCUUCAUCCUAUCUCCAUUAGAAAUGCCACCACACUUCUAGCUCUGGGACUGAGUUCUGUUCUCUAUUUCAGUCUCUGUGGUCCUUCAUGACUGUGCCAGGAAACAGCAAUGGCAUAUGAAAAUAA